AUGGAAACAGCCCCGCUGGGUCUACAAACAGUUAUCAACUUUCCUGUGUAUACUGAUAUAAGUACUGUUGCAAGAAGUCCUGAUUCAAAUGCCAAUAUAAACAGCUAUCCAAGAUUCCCCCUUAAAGACAAUGAACCUAGCUCUUAUCCAGACACUCUCACUGAAGAGGAGAGAAUGUUUCUAUCUUCACUUGAGGUUGAUGAAGAUGAACUUAACAAAAUGGAAGUAGAAACAAGAGAGCAGGUUGGCAGUGAGAGAUGGAGGGAAGAGAGAAAAUUAAGGUUCACAGCCUCAAGGUUCCAUCUGAUUUCUAGAAGGCAAAGAAAUCAUGACUCUUUUUGUAAAGAACUUAUGCACCCCAAGGUGUUUACAAGUAGACACACUGAACAUGGAAGAAAGUAUGAGGCAACUGCCAUUCAUGAAUACCAAAAAUUCAUGAAUGCAAGAAAAACACCAGUGGUGGUGCUCAAGUGUGGACUUGUAAUUUCAAGUGAAAUGCCAGUCUUUGCA